AUGAAAUUGUCUCCUAUAAUUUAAUAGAUUAAGGAUAAUAUAAAAAAAGGAAUUGAUAUAGAGAAUAGUUUAUAUAUGUUAAUGAUGAAUACACUUAUUUAUACAUUAUCAGAUACUGAUGUUAAAUUCAUUUCCUCUCCCAACAAAAAUUACAAAUAAAAAUGUAUUAAUUUUUUAGAAGAAGUUAAGAAACAAACCUAGAAUAUUGACAUCUCAUAAAUUUAUUAGGUAUAUAUGUAUAUGUAUAAAAUAUAGAAGUAUAAUUUUGAUAUAACUGGAGAUGAUUGCUUCGAAAACUCAGAUGAAGAGAAAAUGAAUUUUUUUAAUAAGGAACAAAUCAUUAUCCAAGUUAUUUUUUAUUAUUAUUCUAGAAAGGUAGAAAGCCAACUGCAUAUGAAGAUAGUUUAAUUUAGUCAUUGUUGAAUCAUCUAAAUGAAAAAGAUGAAUUAUUAAGAAAAAGAUUUAACAGUAAAAAAUAGCAUCCAGAAAACUUUAAAGAAUAUUUAGAUUUAAUGAGUCCUUAUGAAUUAUGGAAAGUUAUAUAAGAUAUGAAAGGAGGUUAUUAUUUCUUUGAAGUAUUUGAGAAUCAAAAACCUGAAUAUGGAAUAAAUUAUUCUUAUAUUGAUAAAAUGAUGAUGUGCUCCAAAUCAUUUGAAAGAGAAUAUAAUCAAUUCAAAACUCAUUUAAGAUAAUAAUAAGACUUACAUUAUCAGGCAUUAAAAUAGGAAAUGACUAAAUUAAGUUCCAUUGAACUUAAUACUAUAUCUGAACCUAUUUGUCUAAUAAUUAAAGAAGAUCCAGAAAUAGAAUGUAAUUGUAAUUAGAGAGGAGCUAGAUAAGCUUUACGAUAAUGGGCCUUUUUAAAUAAAGUUAUUAAGCUUUUUACAUCACAUUCUAAUUAAGAAAUUUAACAAUUUAAUUAUAAAGCUUAUUUUAGAAAUUUGAUCUUCAAUUUAGAAAUAUACACUAAUUAAGUAAAUCAAUAAUUUGAUUAUUUAAUAAAAGUUAAUGAAAUCUUGAAAUCUAAAGUUGCAUCUUUGAGAAUUAUACACUAAUAAUUGAUUUAAGAAUCAUAAAAUUUAACUAAAGCUUAUAGAAUAUAAGAUGAAGAGAUUCUUAAAUUGAAAUAAUAGGUUUAAAAAUUACAUUUAGAAAAAGCUUAGAUUAAUACAAGAUUAAUUAAUACAGAGAAUUCACUAAUAAAAAUUAGAGAAUUUAGUGAACAAAAUACUAUUAUAAACAAAACAAGAUUAGUUGCUGAGAGUUUAGAAUAGUUAGAAUUUGAAAAUAAUUAAGCAAUAAAAAUGUAUAAGCUCUAAUAAAUAUGUUAAUUAACUUAAACAGAAAAUUCUUUUGAAUAUUAAUUAUGUUCUAUUUGUAAAGGAGAAAAUGUAAUAUUUUAAAAUAUCUAAUAAUUAAAAAUACCUUAAAUAACUUUUGAGAAAUUAGAAGUUUAAUAAAUUUAAAAAUCUCUAAAUAAUUAAAUUCAUCAUAAGUUAACUUAGACAGAUUUUAAAAUAUAAUAAAUUUCUAAUAAGAAUGAUUUAAAUCGUUAUCCUCCAUCUCCUGGAAUUUAAAAAAGAAGAGGUGUAUCAACAUCAUAUCAUUUGGUUAAUGAAAAUUCAAUUCUCUUAAGAUAGGUUUCAAAGAGUCCUCCAAAAUAAAUUAUAAAUCCAGUUUUCAAACGUUUAUUUGAUGAUAGUUUAAAUAAGAAGGUAAGAUAAUCAUAAUUGAGUUCGAGAAUUUAAGGGGAAGAAAAAAAUUAAUGGGAAGAAAUGUUAAUGUUAUUAAAUAAAUUAAAUAAUGAAUAAAAUAAUAAAGACAUAUAAAAAAAGAUAGAAAAAUCAAUUGAAAGUUAUAGAGAUUAAUUUGAGGUAAAAGAUAAGUUGCCUCAACUAAAAUUGAAGGAUAAACCAAAAGUUACAGAACAUUUAAUUGAUACUUUAAUGAAAGAGUUAUAAGAUAAUAAGAAGGUUGCUCUUUAAGAAUUAGUGGAAUAAUUUUAAAGCAUUUUGACAGUUAAUAAAUUAAACAAAAGUCGUGAUAUCUAUAAUAAAAUUACAAUAUGA